AUAAACAAUUCCAAUUUCUGCAAGAUGAUCCACAUGAAAAGGACCCUUUGUCAUAAAUACAAGCAGGCAAAGAAUGGCAUCACCAAAAGUGAAAAGGCUUUCAACAGGCUUGAUGAAGCAGCACCUGCAGAUUCAAAGACAGAAUGGUUAGCCAGUGAGAGGAUCACUCAGUCCAACAGAAUAAAUGAUCCUGCAGCAAUGGAUAUAUAUGAGAUUAAUAUCAAGAAGGCACUGAGCAAAAAGGAGAUUGAGCUUAGACUGCUAGAGGAGGGUAAUGUCUGUAAUGCAGCACCUGCUUGCAGAUCUGUGGUAACAUGGAUAUCAAUGGGGUUGGCAUUUGAAGAGGCUCAAAUUCCAUUGCUCAUUGAGGUCUGA